AUGUCCAGAGCAUCAACACAGCGGUACAAAAGGCCCGCUCUUCUGUCCGGCAGCCGCCCACCGACGGUCAAGGCGAAACAUGCAGCCUUGUCAUCAAAAGCGACUCGGAAUCUCAUCCGAUCACACCACCGACUACUCAAAGCGCGGGCCCAGGCUGUACAGGCUGGCGAUGACAUUUUAGCUGGCAAGAUCGAUGCACAGAUUCGGGGGAAUGGAGGCUUGAAAAGCUAUCAGCUCGCAAGCAAACUUGGCCAGUCCUCAGACCGUGGAGGUGACUCUAGUAGGGUCUUAGUUGAUUGGAUGGCUCCUCGAUUACUGCCGCUGGAAAACACGCCUUACAAGCUCCGAGUACUCGAGAUUGGAGCUCUAAGUACGAAAAACGCUUGUUCUAUGAACAAAUGUCUUGAAGUCACUAGGAUAGAUUUGAAUUCUCAAGAACCGGGCAUUUUAAAGCAGGACUUCAUGGAAAGGCCGCUCCCUAACGAUGAAGGCGAUAGAUUCCAUAUCAUCAGCCUCUCCUUGGUGCUCAACUAUGUUCCAGACGCCGCUGGUCGAGGUGAUAUGUUGAAACGCUGCGUAUCAUUUAUGACGAAGGCGUCUCCUUCUGGCUCCUCUCUCGCUAUCACCCCUAGCUUGUUUUUCGUUUUGCCAGUCGCCUGCGUCACCAAUUCGCGCUACCUCACAGAAAGUCGGCUGCAAGACAUCAUGUCUAGUAUGGGGUUUGUGUUGGCAAAGAGCAAACAAACAUCGAAGUUAAUAUUCCAACUAUGGGAUCAUGCCGGCGACUACGAGCCCAAACCCUUCAGAAAAGAGACUCUGAACCCUGGAAAGUCAAGGAACAAUUUCGCAAUUGUCGUCAAGUGA